AAAUAAUGCACCAAUUGGGACUAUUUCCUGAACCGACGCAAAGAUGGGGAAUGCCGUUGCACGCGUGAACGGCAAAGUGUACGAGGUACUGAGGCCUCUGGACGAAGGAGGAUUCGCUCACGUGUACGAGGUCAAGCGAGAUGGCCACAGCUUCGCACUUAAGUGGACGCGCAGCGUGACGGAGGGCGAGGAACUCGAGCGGAUCCUGCUGGAGAUCCAAGUGCAGCGACAACUUCAACAUGCAAACGUAUUGCCGCUCGAGGCUGCAGAAGUUAGGAGAAUUCAGGGACAUACAGAGAAAGAGGCGCUUCUGCUUUUUCCAUUGGCCCAUCGAGGCUCACUACAGACGCUACUAGAAAAUACAGCGAGUAGAGAAACUGCGGCCUUCACGGAGAUCGAGUGUCUGCAAUUCUUUGCCAAGUUGGUGGAUGCAGUCGCUGCAUUGCACGCUCUGGGCUUUGCUCAUCGCGAUCUGAAGCCUGGCAAUAUUUUGCUAAGUGACGGAGAGCCGAUGGAGCCAUUAUUGAUGGACUUUGGCUCCGUCGCUCCUGUUCGUGUGCAAUUAAGAGGGGCGAUGGGCUGCAGGAAGCUGUGGGAGGACGCUGCGAGAUACAGCAGCGCUCCGUAUCGCGCUCCCGAGUUGUGGGAUACGGGAGAUCAGGUGGACGUGAUCGAUGGACGAGCGGACGUUUGGUCCCUGGGUUGUGUGCUGUAUGCCAUGGCUUUUGGUCCGUUCUCCCCGUUCGAGCAUCCUCGAGACGGCGUGCAGCACCUUGCGAUUGCUAAUGGCUAUGUGGCAUUUCCUCAUGGUAAUAUGCACGGUGGGCAGUCUUUUAGUGCGACGUUCACGGCUUUAAUCAAGUGGAUCCUCACUCCAGACCUGGCAGAACGUCCGAAGCUCGAAGGUGUACAUUUGUGUAUUAACCAGCUUCUUAACCCGUCUCCUCAAAAGCAGCCGUCUGAAAAAAUGAAGACGUUAUCCUCGAAAAAACACCGUCUUAGUGCCUACCAAGAGCCUGAGGCUGGCGAGCAAGAAUGGGCAGAUUUCUCGGCCUUUGAGCCUCAUUCGAUGAGCUCAGAGUUCUCCUUCUCCGCGGCUGUAGAGUCCACAUUCUCAUCCGAAGUAUACAAACCGCUUGUUGCCACUCGGAGCAGCAGAACGAAGCGUGCAAGUGUAUCGUCGAUCAAUGAUGGAAGCAAUUCAGCUGGAUGCAGGAUAAGAGAUAGAGGACUGAGUGAUCCCAACCAUAGACGUGCGCUAUCGCGUUCUGGUAAGCAUCUGUGGGUCGCAGCUUUAGAAGCUCAAACGUCCGAUUAAACGGUACUUAAAAAUUAAACUACAUGUUGCAUUUUCCUUAAGCUGUUAUGCAGCAUUUCAAUAAAAAAAAUACUAGUAGUAAAUCAAA